AUGGAAAUCAAAAAGAUCAAAGUGUCACCCGACGGGUUUGUGCAACAGGCAUUGCAGUUGGCCUUUCACCGCACCCAUGGCUUUAUCCCGCAGACAUACGAGUCAUCCAUGACACGACUGUACCAGGCGGGACGCACAGAGACCGUACGCUCAGCUACGCCUGAGAGUAGUGCCUUCGUGAUGGCGAUGGGUUUGCGGUAUAGGAUAGUUCUGUCUGGGGUGCUGGCUUCAUGUCAUGAUAGGUAUCUGUGCCAGGAAAUGGUGUCAGUGUUGAUCAAUGCUAUAACAUGCACACACACUUGCAAGUAA